AAGAAAAUACAGUACGUCAUUUCCUGUUUGUAGCGGUGAAGAAGGCAAAAUGGAUGAGGCAAACUUGAAUGAUUUGGACGCUCGUCUUCAAACGCUGGAGAAACGAAUGUAUGGUGAACGCGCGCAGACUAAUAAACCAGUGAAGUGUGCUGAAUCCUUGACAAGAAUAAAUGCUGCCCUUGCAAACACAGCAAACAAGCGGGAACGUGUCAAGAUUCUUCACAAAAAAAUUGAAGAUCUGCUGAAGUAUUUAGAUCCACAGUUUACAGACUACAUUGCAUUGCCAGAUGCAAUAAAACUGGAGUUUAUUCUAGCAGAGGAGGACUUCCUUCGCAAACAGGCAGCAUUACUGGAGCAAGUUCAUAACCUACAGCCUUUGCUGGAUAGUCCACACAUUAAGGCUGUUCCAGAGCUCACAACCAAAGUGCAACGUCUGUCUCAAAUUCACAUCAGUCAGCAGGAUAAAAAUGAAGAGUUAUCUGCAGAAGUGAAAAGGCUGUUUGAAGAAUACAACAAAAUGAUGUUACUGCUGUCGAAACAAUUUACUCAGUGGGAUGAAACCCUGCGGAAACUGGAAGCACCCAAACAAGUCCAGAUAAUUGAGUAAUGGAGCGUUGCCUAAUUUCACACUAACUUAAUGUUUUCCUUUUUCAUUAAAGUUUGUAUAUAAGUUUCAUAA